UUAUAUUAUAUAUUAUCCAAUAAUUGAAAACAAAAUUUACUAAAAAAUGCCGGCGACUUGUCUGCCUGAAGUUGAUUCGUGCAAACAAGAAUUGUCAAAACGUAAAGUUCAAAGUAGAGUUAAAGGAUUUUGUGACUUUUUUAAGUUUCUAUUUCACUGGGGUUUUAUACCAUUCAUUCUAUUUUUGGGAUGUAAAAAAGGCCCAGAUAGUGGAAAAUUGAGCUUUACAUUUGGUAAUAUUUUGUGGCAGUGA